AUGCUAUCCAUACUAGCUAUACUUCAUUCGGUUAAGGAAACGGCGCAGAAGCUGACUCUUCGUAUGGAUUUGUAUGGUGUGGUAGAAAAAUGGACAAUUAUCUCUUAUGCAUGUUCUCCUUGCUCUACGCUUCAUUGUCACACGGAUUCUUCCCUGUUUACGACUUUUGCAUUUCUUUUUUUCCAACAACCACAGACAAAACUUAAAAGUAUCACUCGAAAUAUGGAUUUUUCUCCUGUUUUCCCCAAACAGUUCUGGUCUCGGUACAUCAAUUCAACGCUAUUGGACCCGUCGCAUAGGUAUCUGGCGCUGGUGGACCCGUCGUACCCUCUUCCUCCCAGCACACGCGGUCAUCUCUGGUACAUCUCAAGAAGGAAUGAAUUGUUGAAGGACGAUCCAAAAAAAACAUUUCUUCAAGUCGCCAAGAAGAAAAUCUUCUCAGGCUCAGUUUCUCCUUCGACUUAG